AGAAAAAGAAUACGAGGAGGCCGUUGAAAGGACGGACGGCAGAAAAAGCACAACAUCUGCCAAAAAACUGACUACGUUCCCGUCCAAAAACACCUAAACAUUUAAAGGAGAGGAUUGAUGAUAAAAUGGCCGAAGAUAAAUCUCAGGAUGUGGAUCAGAGUGGUGAAAAUUGGUUAAGUAGUUUUGAAGAAGAAUGUCUGGAGGAUCUCGACAGAGAGCCAAACAUGGAGGACAGAAUUCAGGCAGAAAGAGAAUUCUCUACCCAGAAGCUUUGGUUAGGUUUUCAGAAUUCUGCCUCUUGUAUUGCUCAGUUGUAUAAAGAUCGCUACCAAGGUUUGUCUCUGUGGGUCCCAUUUCAAAAUUCUGCUGCAUCAGUAACCUCAAUGUAUAAAGACAGCCUAGAAACUAUGAAACGAUGCAUGGACUUGGGUUACCAGUAUGGUAGACAACACAGAAAUAAAGAUAUUGUAUCUUGGGCAAAGAAGAAACGUCGUCUCAUUCGUCGCGAAGAUUUGUUAGGUUACAUAGCUGGUCGAAGUCCCCCUCAUAGGAAUCGGCUGUCAUCAGCUGUGUCGAGGCCAGUAUCCCGGUUACAAGUCGACAGAGCUUCCCCUCGGCUACAUGGAGCUGUCGGAGUUGAGGUCCUGCCAAAUUCACCAGAGCCAGAUUUACAACCAUUUAGGGAUGCUCUUGUCUUGCAGGGUCUGAAUGGAGCCAUGUCCAAUGUAAGUGUGGGCUACCUUCCACAUGGCAGCACUGGAGCAAGUGUUAGGAAUAAUAGUGAUGAAUUGAACUGCUUUAUCCUUGAAGAACUCUCUAGAUGUUGUGAAGGAAGGAAAAGAAAUUCCUCAGCUGAUGUAAUGAUGGACUCACCUGCCAGAAAGCGCGGCAGAUUGACAUAGUCCCAAUGAGAAGUCCCCCUCCCCGUUUCCUGUGCCAGUGAACUGGUUACUGUUGAAGACUUGUUCACUACUUCGUUCCAUGUACAGACAUAGUUCCACUUGUAAACAGCAAUUUUCUGUGAUCCACUGUAAGCAGCCCUGCUAUAAUUGCCACUCAAAGUCUGCUUUUGAUAUGGCCUGGUUGUACUUGUGAGUGAUUAGCUACAAAUGUUGACGAAGCAGAGCUAGGCUAUAGCUUAUCGGGAUGAACUGACCGUUUAGGUCAGUGAGCUGUUGCUUCUAUUACCAACUGAACUUACACUAAGCUUUUUUGCUGGUGACAUGCUGAACGUAAUUCCUUAUGUCUGCCAUGGCAUACUUGGUGAUUGUUGUGAUCAAGCUCAGUGGAUAAUCUGUAGACAAUUUUUAAGAAGGAUAGUAAGAUUCAGUUGUUACCAUUCUGUUAUAAUUUGCUGGAACUGCACUGUUUCAGGAUUUAGGCUUUAAUUCACGCUGUAUGUAGGCUAUAAAGCCACUAAAGUAACCCCCAUGAAACUGUCUGUGGUUUGUUGACCCUAACAUUGAGUGCAUUUAUGAUAUUUUAAACAUUCUUCAGUAUAGGACUGUACAAUGUUUAAUAAUGUAAUAACAGAUCUGGUGUCAAAUUCAUCCUCCAGGUUCUUUAACAUUAGACAAUACGCAUGAAAAGGAGGUUGUAUUAAAUAAGAUAGGAGUUCAGAGCAUUCAAUUUUUUUUUAGUUUAAUAAUUUUGGUUUUUUCAGAUGGUGAUUCAUUUUCCUUAAUAAACUGAAAUCAUAUUCAUGGAUGAGAAACUUAAGUAUAAAUUAAAUCUGUUGGAGGCAUAUUUUAUUCAUGGUCAUGCUAAUUUUAUGUUUAAAGGGUGUUCUGAUUUUAACUACCCAUAUAUGUACGUUUGAAAGUAAAUUAAAUUGAUAGAAAUGCGACAUUUAAUACCAUCUUUAGUGAGAGGUAUGCUGUAUAGAAUAGCUUUUGUUCGUUUAUCUAAUGACCUGCGGCGUGCACAUCAUCUUUAGUUCUAUAAACAAACAAGAUAUUCACUUUUGUGUAAGUCUAUGCACCUAACUUUCUAACAGUGAGGUGAUUGAAGUGAUGGAUAUAGAGCUAUUGAAGUUAUGUUGUUUUCGGUACUGCAAAAUCAUGCAGUUACAUUUAUAACAAAAUUUAAGGGAACCAGUGUUAUGAAACUUGGAAAUAUGGUAUAUUCAUGUAUUCAUUUAACACAUCAUUCCUGUGUAUGUGCUGAGUUUUCAGUAGGUUUUAAUUGUUUACGAGAACUGCACUCCCUUGUUCUAUAAUUGCAGCUAUGCACCAUAUGUCAACUACAAGUAUCGGAAAAAGAUUUCUGGUGAUACUUUAGGGGUAAAUGUGGGAUAACACAAUAUCAUAUAUAUAUAUAUAUAUGAAUGCCUUGUCUUUUCAAAAUAGGAUUUAUCAGAUGUCAGAGUUCAGCCCUACAGUCAGCAGUUGAAUGACUUCUUAUUUGUUGACAGUAAUUUGAUUUCUAUUUCUGAUCAUUAUUUUAAUGUCCCCACUUGCAAUUCUUCAACCUUAUGGAUGACUGGUACUCAAUAACAUUGUCACAUCUGGUAAUGUUCCUGUUGAUUGUCUGCACCUGAUAAGGUUGUUCAAAACUGAGAAAUGUACAAACUAUUUUAUUUAUGCUAAUAAAUGAGAUGCUUAUGUUGGUAGUAAAGACUUGUUACCUCAGAUGGGUAGCCUAUU